AUGGCUGCCGACUCUGCUGCUGGCGGUGUCCAGCAGCCCAACGGCACGCUGACCGACGCCCGCUCCGUCGCCGACGCGCCCACGACGCCUCAGGACGACGACAUCCUGGCGCUGAGCUCAUCGCAAGUGACGCUGCCCUCGACCGAAGUCCCCGCCUCCCCCAUCGACCCCAAUCAGUCCUUCAAAACCGAGGCCAACGACGACCGACUGAGCUCCUCCGCCGUCAUCCCUUCGUCCCUGACGCCCCCGCCCUCGUCGCAGCUCGUCACCCACGCUGCCAACGGCGCUCUUCAGACCGCUUACGGCGCCGCCUCGCACCGCUCCGCCCUCUUCUCCCCUCCUGCCACGGGUCUCAACACCACCGUCCGACGCGACGGCGGCCUCGGCACAGAGUACGUGCCUCCGGCGCCCCAGCAGGUGCUCGAGGCGACGGCCGACGAACUACGGGCCAUGAUGCAGGCGAGCAUCGCCGAGCACGCCAAGUUGAAGAUGGAGGCCGCGCAUCACAAGCUUCAGUACAACCUGCUCAGCCUUCAGGCCGACGAGGAUGCCAAGAGGGCCGCGGUGGAGCAGGAGAUGACCCGACGGGAGAUCGAGGCCCUCAGGACGGUCGAAUACUCGCGUCACGCCGUCCGCGAACUCAGCGCCGCUUCGGAAUCGGCCCAGAUGAAGUAUCUCCAGAUGAAGAUGUGGUACGGGGAUGCCAUGGAAGAGAACGAGGCCCUCGCGCGGCGCGUCAAGAUGGCCAAGAAGGUCAUUGCACAAAAGGAGGAGGAAAUCAUUGGGCUGGCGGAGGAGCGCGACAUGCUCCUUAACCGCAUCCGGGAAAACCGGGAACACUUUCACAUGCUGUGCAGCCCGGGCGGCAUCUUCCACGGUGCCAUGACGCCCAAGCAGCAGACCAUCUCGACGCCGCAGCAGCCGCACCGAGCCACCCCCAAGCAGACGCCCCGGUCGGUUAACCGCGACGAGGCCAGGGUGGACGGCGACCACGGGCCGGAGCCCAUUGCGGCUCUGCUGCAGGCACUCAGCCAGGAUAACAACAAUAACAACAACACUAGCGCGCCCACGACGCCCACAACGGCGGUCAGACCCCCCACGACCCGCAUGCCUGCAAAGCACACCCGAAACGCCCAAUCUCUGUCUUCUCUGCCGACGACGCCUGUCACACGCGCCCAGCGCCACCACGAGCAGCAGUCGGGACUCCUGCCGUCGGUGAACCUGGUGCCCCAGAGUGAGCCUCGGCACAGGUACACCAGCGCGCAAAUGGUUCCCGGCACGCCGCCGCCGCCGCCCGCGACACAGGACCGCGUGCAGGAGCGCGCGCGCAAGAGCCGCGAGAGCACCAUCUCGGCGGACGACAACGAGGAGCUCGCGCGUCAGGCGCUCGAGUCGGUGGCCAAGUCGGCGUCGUUCCUGUCCCAGGCGUCGCGUGUGCCGCGCAACGGCCGCCGCCCGCUGCCCAGCGGGUGUGGCAACGAAGAGGACGAGGAGGAGGUGUACGAGAGCCAGGCCAGCCAGGCGGCUUCGGAGAUGCUGCGUCGCGACCCGCGCGAGAGCUUCGAGGUGGCCAGCUCGGUGGGCUCGCGCGACGGAACACCGGCGCCGGCAGAGAAGAGCGCCAGGUUGCAGGCGAAGCUGUUUUCUGGCAUCACAAAGAGCGGUGCGGACAAGCGCAAAUUCGGCAACGGCCACGGCCACGGCGCGGAGCAAGAGACACGGUCAGACAUGGUGAGCCCAGCCAAGAAGAUGCGCGUCGGCGGUCUCAUCGGUGAGAACCCAAAGGUUGGGCUUUGGAUCCAACAGGGCCACAAUUGA